AUGCCUGGCCUUCCGUACGCGGUCCCCUCCAACUACGUGAUCCGGCUCGUCGAGACGGACGCCAUGUCGGCCAGUUUGGGCCAGCCAGCGCACCCAGUCCAGCCACACAUAUCGCAGCCCUCGCAUUUCCAGUUCCCGCGCACCUCGCUGCACCAGGCGACGCUGCAGUCGCACUUCAAAGGCCCGCACGCGCCUGGCAGCGUGUCGGCGCCGACGACGGGGACGGCGUUCGCCCCGGCCACGGACAUUCGCGAGACGCUGCGCGCGUACCACAUUGAGAUCGAGACGCCGGGCGUCACCGAGGAGAACAAGAGCGACCUGGUCAUCACGUGGAUGAGCCCACACACCCUGCUCGUCCAGGGCGUGGCCGGGAGGCCCAAGAACAUCGGCCUGAUGGAUCAGGAGGCAGGACAGAGAGUCUGGGAGGGCGAGGGCGACGGAUGGGCCACCGAGGCUGGCCACGGCAAGCCCCAAGAAGAGACUGACGGCGGUCCCUUGCAGCGCGAAAAGUCGUACGAGACCAUGGAGGCAGAGGCGUUGUCGGACUCGACGCCAACGAUCCUGCUGUCGGAGCGGCGUGUCGGUGCCUGGCGCCGCACAUUCACCCUGCCCGAGGACGUCGAGAUGAAGGCUCUCAAGGCCCGGCUCGACGGCGGCCUGCUGCGCAUCGACCUGCCCAAGCGCAGCCUGGAGGACAUGGCGGAGCUCAAGGGCGCGGGCGUGAGGAUCGAGAUUGAGUAA